ACAAGAGUUACCACUAUGUUUUACGAUUUCAAUAUACCAUACCCGACAUCGGCUGCAGAUCGCGUAGGUUAUGAGAAUCUGAAGAAAAUUCUUGUACAGCUUUCAAAAUAUCGGCGAGGUGUGGUUGCGCUCAAUCAUACUGUCGUUGGCAAAGUCAAUGCUUCCCAGGCAAAUCCAAUUCUACCUGUUGAAGCUUCACCAGAUAUACAGCAGCUGUCUAGGUUAACAGUAGUUGCUGACGAUGUAACGCACAAUUAUGGAUUGCAUUCGAACAACCCCACUGUCAAUGCCUUUGAUCUAUUAGCAAUCCGUACAUCGAACGAAAAGGUCUUUGCGGCUGCAUGCUCUUCAUAUGAAAUCGACAUUAUCUCGCUAGAAUGUAGUAGCCGGCUACCAUUUUUCUUGAAGGGCUCAACACUUGGGCAGGCGUUGGAUCGCGAGGUGUAUUUCGAAAUUUCCUACGCGGCUGGCAUACGAGAUCAAAACGCACGCCGGCAUUUGUAUAACAAUGCAAAGCGAUUGGUUACUGUAACCAAAGGGAAAAACAUCAUCUUCUCAAGUGAAGCACUCAACGCUCUCGAGAUCAGAAGCCCUCACGACCUUAUUGCAUUUGGGGUUUCCAUUGGUCUUAAUCAAGCGAAAGCAAAGGAUUGUAUCACUGAGAAUUGUCGACGAGUAUUGAAACGAAGCGAGACGAGGAGAGUAACCCAUAAAGCAGUUAUUAGUGUUGUGUCAGAUAAAUCAGCAGAAGCGGUCAAGAAACGAAAGAACGAAGCAGAUAAUUCACAAAAUGCAAAGUCAAGGAAAACACAAUGAAUGUACACAGCUUGCCUUGUUUCCAUGGCAUCUGGAAUAUUCAAUAGAUCUCCCAAUUAGUAAAAGCAAACGCUUUGUUCUGCUACAUCAAAAUGU